AUGUCUACUGUGAUUGCUCAGUGUGAUUCUUUUGAGCAUGCUCUUACUUUGAUUUUGCGUGAUCAGGACAUUGAGAGGAAGGCCAACGUCUGCAUGACCUUAUGGCAAAUUUGGAGGGAUAGAAACGCUAUGAUUUGGCAGCAUACUGUUCCGGUUCCUUCGAGGUCUGUUCUUUGUGCAGCUGCUGCACGAACUGAUUGGAAACUUGCUCAAACGUUGCCGCUCCAGAAGGCUACUGCUCCAGCGUCUGUUGUUUGCGUUGGGUGGCAUUCUAUGCCUCAAGGUUCGAUAAAAUGUAACGUGGAUGCUGCUUUCUUUGCGGAGGAUCAGUCUAUGGGCAUUGGUAUUGCUAUUCGGAAUCAUGAGGGAGACUUUGUUAUUGGUAAAUCUAUUAAGCUUCCGGGAAGACGUAGUGUUGUUGAAGGAGAGUUGUUGGGUAUCAAAGAAGCUCUUUCUUGGAUUAAGGAACUCAGUUAUGGUAGAGGUUGCUUGGAAUCCGACAGUAAACGUGUUUGUGAUCUUAUCAACUCAGGCGAGAGGAAUCGGUUAGAGUUGGGGGUUAUUGUUUCCAUUUGUAAGCAAGACCUCUUGGAGUUGUCGGAUUUCACUAUUUGUUUUGUUGGGCGUAAUCGGAAUGGCAUCGCUCAUUGUUUGGCGAAGGCCGCGAGAGAUAUUUUCACACAUCAUGUUUGGAAUGAACCCCCGUCUUCUGUGGUGGGUCAUCUCCAUGUCCCAUGUUCUUGUGUUCAAUAA